AUGGACUUGGAAACAAACGCCCCCCUAAAACCGGUCCAAUCGGUCGAUCAAAGCGUUCAAGAUGCGCGGGAUCUCGCGGCCAUGGGCCAUGACCAGGCCCUGACUCGGAAGUUCGACCUCUGGAGCAUGCUAGCUCUGGCGUUCUGUGUUCUAGGUACCUAUUCGACGUUUGCGCAGGAUCUCAGCAGCGGUCUGACCAACGGAGGAUCGAUCACCAUCCUUUGGGGCCUGUGUCUCGUGACCGUAUGCAAUCUCUGCGUGGCCGUGUCGUUAGGCGAACUGGCCAGUAGCAUGCCGACCGCUCUCGGCCAAGCCUACUGGGUGUUUCGACUGUGGGAUACGCCCAUGGGUCGAUUCGCCUCGUACAUGUGCGCCUGGAUCAACACGUUUGGAUGGUGGACUCUCACCGCGUCGCAGGUCGCGUUCAUGACCCAGUUUCUCCUGGGGAUGAAAGUCAUGUUCGACCCGACGUGGGAGGACGCCGACACCGGAUGGCUGCAAUUCGUCGUGUAUAUUGGCUGCGUCCUGCUACUGACAGUCAUCAACCUGGUGGGAUGUCGCAAGGAGCAGAUUCUGCCGUGGCUAAACAACUUUGUCGGCGUGUGGUUCACCGCGUUAUUCGUCAUCCUGUCUCUGGCGCUGCUCAUUUCCGUGGGCGUGAAGCACGAUCUCUCGUUCCAACCGGCCUCGUUCGUGUUCGGCAAGUGGAUGAACCAGACGGGAUGGAGCGAUGGCGUUGUCUGGUUCACGGGUCUCGUGCAGGCAGCGUAUGGACUGACGGCCUUUGACGCCGUCAUACACAUGGUCGAGGAGAUCCCGGCCCCGCGACGCAACGCACCCAAGGUCAUCUGGCUGGCUGUGUUGUUGGGCGCCAUCACCGGGUUUAUCUUUAUGGUGGUGUGUCUUUUCUGCAUCCAGAAUGUCGGUCGUGUGGUCGACUCGCCUAGUGGACUACCCUUUAUCGAACUGAUGCUGGAAACGGUGGGACUCAAAGGCGGCGCUACCCUCAUUGCCCUCUUCAUCUUCAACGGUCUCGGUCAAGGCAUCAGUAUCCUCACCACCGCGUCGCGACUCACCUGGGGAUUUGCGCGUGACGGUGGCCUCCCCUGGAGUCGGUACCUCACGCAUGUCGAUCACGUAUGGAAAGUCCCCGUGCGAGCCCUGUGGUUUCAAGGGGUCCUGAUUGCACUCGUGGGAGUGUUGUAUCUAUUCGCAAAUACGGUCCUCGACGCAAUUCUCAGCGUUAGUACCAUCGCCCUGACGAUCUCGUACGGUCUACCCAUCGCCGCGCUUACCGUCGCCGGUCGCGAUAAGCUUCCCCCGGGCCAAUUUCAUCUAGGACGGUGGGGACCGCUAUUGAACGGCAUCAGUCUGGUGUAUUGCGUGAUCACGACGGUGUUUUUCUUCUUCCCGUCGUCGCCGAACCCGCCGGCCAGCGAUAUGAACUACGCGAUUGCGGUGUUCGGAGUGAUGUUGGUGGUGUCAAUUGGGUUUUGGUUUGUUCAGGGGAGUCGCACGUAUUUGAAGACGGAAGAUGCGAUUGCGGAAAUGAUUUAUGCGCAGAGAUUGGAGAAUGAGGUUGUGGGUGAGUCGAAGAAGGAGUGA